CCCCCCCGCGGUUUCGUAGCCGUUAGGAAACAACCCCACUAACAAACUUGGCUGCCACGCAGUGUCGGCUUACAAGUACGCGGUCAGAGCGCAAGACCUCUUCCCACUGCUCUCGUCAUUUCCUCCGCUCCUCCUCUGCAGCAGCAGGGGUGAAUCCACUCUUCGCCUUGCUCAUUUUUGGCGUCAUCUCCCGGCGCCGUCGUCCAAGAUGGUUAAGGUCACCGUCGACGAGCUCCGCGCGAGCAUGGACAACAAGCACAACAUCAGGAACAUGUCCGUCGUCGCGCACGUCGACCAUGGGAAGUCAACGCUCACCGACUGGCUCGUGGCCGCGGCGGGCAUCAUCGCGCAGGAUGCCGCCGGCGACGUGCGGCUUACGGACACGCGCGCGGACGAGGCGGAGCGCGGCAUCACCAUCAAGUCCACGGGCAUCUCCCUACGCUACGAGAUGCCCCACGAGUCCCUGAAGCGCCUCGGGGGCGAGCGGCGCGGCGGCGGCGGCGGGUCGCCGUCGUACCUCAUCAACCUCGUCGACUCGCCCGGGCACGUCGACUUCUCGUCCGAGGUCACGGCGGCGCUCCGCAUCACCGAUGGCGCGCUCGUCGUGGUGGACUGCAUCGAGGGCGUCUGCGUCCAGACCGAGACCGUGCUCCGCCAGGCCCUCGCCGAGCGGAUCAAGCCCGUGCUCGCCGUCAACAAGCUGGACCGCUGCUUCCUCGAGCUCCAGCAGGGCGGCGAGGUGGCGUACCAGGCAUUCCGCCGCGUGAUCGAGAGCGCCAACGUGAUCUCGGCGACGUACGAGGACGGCCGGCUGGGCGGCUGCCAGGUGUCGCCGGAGAAGGGCACGGUGGCGUUCUCGGCGGGGCUGCACGGUUGGGCGUUCACGCUGCCCGACUUCGCCAGGAUGUACGCGGCCAGGUUCGGCGUGGACGAGGCCAGGAUGACGGAGCGGCUGUGGGGCGAGCACUUCUUCGAACCGGCCACCCGCGCCUGGUCCACCAGGCCGACGGGCUCGCCGACGUGCCAGCGCGGGUUCGUGCAGUUCUGCUACCAGCCCAUCCGGCAGGUCAUCGACGCGUGCAUGAGCAGCGACGACGACAACGACAAGCGGAAGAAGCUGUGGUCGAUGCUGGACAAGCUCCGCGUCGCGCUCCGGGCCGAGGACAGGGAGCUGUCGGGCAAGGCGCUCAUGAAGAGGGUCAUGCAGGCGUGGCUGCCCGCCAGCGCCGCGCUCUUGGAUAUGAUCGUCUUCCACCUCCCGUCCCCGGCCGAGGCGCAGCGGUACCGCGUCGAGACGCUCUAUGAGGGCCCCCUCGACGACGCGUACGCCGCCGGCAUCCGCAACUGCGACGCCGAGGGGCCCCUGAUGCUCUACGUGUCCAAGAUGAUCCCGGCGGGCAAGGGCAGGUUCUACGCUUUCGGCCGGGUCUUCUCCGGCACGGUGGCGACCGGCGCCAAGGCCCGGAUCAUGGGCCCCGACUACGUCCCCGGCGGGAAGAAGGACCUCUACGUCAAGACGGUCCAGCGCACGGUCAUCUGGAUGGGCAAGAGGCUGGAGUCCGUCGAGAGCGUGCCGUGCGGCAACACCGUCGCCCUGGUCGGCCUCGACCGGUUCAUCACCAAGAGCGCCACGCUCACCGACGACAAGGCGGCGGACGCGCACCCCAUGAAGGCCAUGAAGUUCUCCGUCUCGCCGGUCGUGCACAAGUCCGUCGCCUGCAAGAACGCCGCCGACCUGCCCAGGCUCGUGGAAGGGCUGAAGCGCCUCGCCAAGUCCGACCCCCUGGUGACGUGCACCAUAUCGGAGACCGGCGAGCACGUCAUCGCCGGCGCCGGGGAGCUCCACCUGGAGAUCUGCAUCAAGGAUUUGCAGCAGGACUUCAUGAGCGGCACCGAGAUCGUCGUCGGCCCGCCCGUCGUGGCCUACCGCGAGACGGUUCUAGCCAGGUCGUGUCGCACCGUCAUGAGCAAGUCGCCCAACAAGCACAACCGGCUGUACAUGGAGGCCUGGCCGCUGGAGAAAGAGCUUGCCAAGGCGAUCGACGACGAGCUCGUCGGCUCCAAGGACGAGGUCAAGGUCCGCGCCAGGGUCCUGUCGGAGGAGUUCGGCUGGGACAAGGAAACGGCCAAGAAAAUCUGGUGCUUCGGUCCCGACGCGGCCGGCCCCAACAUGCUCGUCGACAUGUGCAGGGGCGUCCAGUACGUGGGCGAAGUCAGGGACUCGGUGGUCGCCGGCUUCCAGUGGGCUUCCAAGGAGGGCGCGCUCGCCGAGGAGAGCAUGCGCGGCGCCUGCUUCGAGCUCCGCGACGUCGUGCUGCACGCCGACGCCGUCCACCGCGGCGGCGCCCAGAUCAUCCCCACGGCGCGGCGCGCCAUCUACGCCGCGCAGCUCACGGCGAUGCCGCGCCUCAUGGAGCCCGUCUACCUGGUGGAGAUCCAGGCGCCGGAGAGGGCGACGGGGAGCAUCUACGGCAUCUUGAACAAGAAGCGGGGCAGCGUGAUUGAGGAGAGGCGGAGGCCCGGCACGCCGCUGGUCAACUUCAAGGCUUACCUCCCCGUCACCGAGUCGCUCGAGUUCACCGAGAGGCUGCGUGCCGAGACCUCCGGCGAGGCAUUCCCGCAGUGCGUCUUCGACCACUGGGAAGCUGUCAACUCCGACCCGCUAGAGGAGGGCUCCACGGCGGCGAAGCUCGUCGGGGACAUCAGGAGGAGGAAGGGUCUCAAGGGCAUGAUGCCCCUGUCCGAGUUCGAGGACAGAUUUUGAGUUGCUCGUAUUGGUCAGUAUAUAUGUAUAGUUCUAUUGCUUCUUAGCGUUUGUUAAUUUCUGUCACUGUUAGUUUACGCUGCAAACUUGUUAAUCGCAUCUGAGUUCUGCUUCGAGUAUGUUAACUUCCUCAUUUUGUUCACUUGGAAAAGUUCAGUUGUAAGUGUAGUUAUGCUAAAGCAGUAAUGAAAUAUGUGAAGUGUCAAAUACUUUUGCUCA